AUGGCAUCGGCACCCAUUACGGCCCCGAAGGGCACGAUCGCGCUCAGCGACACUGAGGAAAAAUUCGUGACCCUCCUCGACGAGUUCGCGACCGGCUACAACCCCCCGAUCGAGUGCCGCAUUGCUGGCGGAUGGCUGCUCUCCCUGCCUAGCCAUGACCUGGACGUUGCGCUGUCGACGGCAUCGGGCUACGCAUUCGCGGAAGCGUUUCACAACUUCCUGAAGGAGCGCGGGGUCGACAUCGGGUCGCUGGGCCGCAUCGAGGCGAACCCAGAACAGUCCAAGCACCUCGAGACGGGCACGACGCGGAUCAUGGGGCUCGAGUGUGACUUUGUCGGCCUCCGCAGCGAGACGUACACGGACACCCGCAUUCCGCAGAUCAAGCUCGGUACGCCGCUCGAGGACGCCCUCCGCCGCGACCUUACGUGUAACUCGCUCUUCUUCAAUGUGCACUCGCGCGAAAUUGAGGACUGGACGCGGCACGGUCUUGCUGACCUCGAAGGUCGUAUCGCGCGCACGCCCCUCCCGCCCCGUCAGACCUUCCUUGACGACCCGCUGCGUGUUCUCCGCUGUGUCCGCUUCGCGGGCCGCUUUGGACUCAAGAUCGAACCCGACGUCUCAGCUGCCAUGAAGGAGACGGACAUUCAGGAUGCGCUCCGCACAAAAGUCUCAAAGGAGCGUGUCGGCGAGGAGACACACAAGAUGAUGCAGAAGACGCCUCUCCGUGCGUACGAACUCAUCUACGAGCUCGGCCUCCACAAGGCCAUCUUUACUGGCCCUGUUGAGCCGGAGAACCCCCGCGAGCAGGCUCUCGCCGCCGCUCAGGUUCUUACUGAGGUGUUGAAGAGGACAGGCGGGCAGGGAUCGGAUGCGCUUUGGUUUGCUGCUGGAUGCAGCCCGUUCCGCGGCAUGACGCGGGAAGAAAAGGGGAAGACUGUAUCCUGCGUUGCGACCGUUAUGCUUGAGAGCGUCAAGCGUUCCGCCGACCUCUCCAAACAUGUCGCUCAUCUGUUCGAAGGUGCUGCCCUUCUCGACCCGGCAGCAACAGGACGGUCACAGAUUGGUCUCGUCCUGCAGAACCCUUCAGUUCGUCCAUGGAACCAGACUUGGGUCUGGGCCAUCGUCCUCGAGGUCCUCCCCACCUGGAACGGACAAUGGGAGCACGACGCCAUCCUCGAGAAGUGGACCAAGUUCCGUUCUCACCUCGAGUCGCUGGACCUGCCGAAGGCGAUCGAGGAGCCGCCGCUGAUCAACGGCAAGGAGAUCCAGGCCCUGCUCCAGAUCCGUCCGGGACAGAUCGUCGGUGUUCUCUCGAAGGCGGUCAUGGAGUGGCAGCUCGACCACCCGGGCUCGACGCGAGACGAGGUCAGCGCGUGGCUGAAGCAGGAGUGGGAGAGCGAGCAGCGUCAGAAGUGGGAGGCCAUGGUGCCCCCGCCAGUCAACAAGACGGGCAAGAAGCGCAAGACGUAG